CCGUUCCUCUCUCUCCGCCUUCGAUUUUUGAAAUCGAUCGUUCCGAUCCCGACAGAUCACAAUCUCCUCCGCGAUUCUUCCAGAUCGGUCUCCAUGGACACCGUAGAGACUGACAACGAUCGCCGUUUCAGCCGUCUCAGCCUCAUCGAUUUCGCUUCAGAGGACGAUUUCCUCCUCUCGUCUCCUUCCUGCGACCUCCACGACGUCAAUUCUUUAGUCAUUACAAAGGAGGAUGAGGAACAGAACAACCUUAGACAAUUAGAGACCGUGGAUUCUAGCAGAAUAGAGGGGAAUACAGAUUCCUUGGAACAGAAAGAGGAUGAACCUCAAUUACUCCCAUCUUUGGACCCGGAAAGGACCAGAAAAAAUGGGAAAUAUAACUUGCGUAAGAGUUUAGCCUGGGACAGCGCUUUCUUUACCAGUGCAGGGUUUUUGGAUCCUGAGGAGUUAACUAGCAUGAUUGGACAAGUCGGUAAGAAUGAAAAACAUGUAUUACCUAUAAUUUUAGAAGACGUUCAGAAAUCUUCAGAUUCAAUUUCUACGUUGGAAAGUGAAAUUAUGCCAUUGGAAAGCAUUGAGGGCAAUUUAUUCGAAGAUGUAAGGGCUUCAAUUCAGAAGUCUAGUAGAAGUAUUGGGAAGGCUAACUCAAGGAGUAAAGCUGAAUCCGGGCGACAGGAAACCCGCAAACCUCCAUCUGCAGGAAGGCUUGAUCUUACUUCACAAACCAAGGCAAGUCAAAGAAUCUCCUUUUUGAUAAAGGACAGAUCUACAUCGAGUAAGCAAACUGAUGGGUUGCAAGGACCUGGGAGAACUAUAAAGGAAAAUUCCUCUCAACCACGCAGUAGACAGCAAUUGAAUGCAGUGAGCAAGCUUCCACCGAACUCAGCGUUGACAAAGAGGCCUUCCCUUGGCCUCAGUCGUCCUGCCAUUGUAAAUAAUAGUACUUCAAGUGGUGCAGGACCUGCAGAUAGGCGUGAUUCAGUUGCUCUUAAAAAUACUACACAGAAGCUUACCCGAAUUUCAACUGCAGCUAAGAGAGAGCAAAGGACUUCCUCGGAAGGUUCUGUUAGUUCAUCUGACAAGGUUGUUAAAUCUUCCUCCAAAGAUGUGAAGAAAAAAACAGAUUGUAAGGCUUCACCAUCCGCUGGUUGUAUUAAAAAAACACCAUCGCGAGUCGCAUCAAGGGUCAACGAGACUCCAACUGGGAAUUCUUGUGUUGCUUCUUACUUGAUAUCCCAAACUAAGCAUUCUUCAGGAAUAUCACCUGCUAGCUCCAUUAGUGAGUGGUCGACUGAGUCAUCAUCAAAUUCCACUCUUGAACAACGAUCUAAUAGCUCAAGAGCCAGCCUUCACUCAAUUUCGAGCAAAAGGAUCUCUAUAGACAGUGAUACAUCUCAUGAGGGAAGAAACCAUUCUGUUGGACCCCAUACUCAAACCACUGGUUUGCUGUCUCAAUCAGUAAAGAAAACUUCUUCACAAUCUUCUGUACUUCCUCCUGCUUCAAUGAAGCCUUCAGGCCUUCGAUUGCCAUCACCUAAAAUCGGAUUCUUUGAUGGGGGGAAAACAUCUAGCAUGAAAUCUAAUCUGGCUGUACCUGGUGGCGUGACUAAGAGUGGAGCUGGAAAUGUCAGCACAAGUGGAGGCCAAAAUAAGACAAAGCCUUCAAAGCUUCAACCUGUCAGACUGUUGCCCAAGAACACUACCCGUGCUAAUAUCCCACCUAGUACGAAUUCUAAGUCCAAUAAACCUAGUGCAACUAAGAUGUCCAAAACGAAUGGAGACCGAAAAAUCAAGGAGGCUGAUCGUGAAGGAUCAAAUACCGAUUUGCAUGAUUCAGAUGUAUGUGCAGAAAGUAAUAGGAAUUCUGGUGCUUUGAGGAAAACUGAAGUUGGCUGUGACGUAAAUGAAACGACAACGGCUGGCACUGAUGUAGAACCUAAUAGGUCACCAAACGUUCAGAUCUAAUGUUGAUGGUAUGCUUCCAUCUACGAGAAGUAACUGUUGGAUGUGGUGAGAGAAUUUGUUCAAGAGGGUUCAAUGUAAUACCAAGUGGAAAGAAUUCAUUAUUAUGCGAAUCCAACUUUAUGCUUGCAGAAGGUAAGUUGGAAUCACAAAUUUGGCUGGGUUCCAAUUCUCGAAAAUAGCUCAUGACCGUUCAUAAGGAUAUCUGAUAAUGUGCAAAGGAAACCUCCCACUUUCUUGUCAAAAGUUCCACUGUUUCUUCUCACUGCUCAUCUAACAUAGCCAAUCACUAUUGACAGCAGAUCUACCAUCUCUAAUUGAGGAUUCCUGUCUCGGUUGCGGCCACAGACGAGCAUCACGAAUGACCCAUCUUGCCAUCUCACCAGACCAUUCUGAAAACUCUAAUGUGGUGGCUUGUUCAGGUGUCUGGUCUGGUCCAGUGUUGUACGAUGAUGUCCCAAAUCUUGAAUUUCUGGAGGAACAUGAAAGUCUGUUGUGCUGCAGCUUAGGAUCUGAACCCAAUUUUAUAGGGAUGCAUUGCUAACCAAAUGUUUGGUAUCGUCAUGUUCAUGAAGCUCAUGAGCUUUUUGGAACAGAAGACUUUUGAGAGAUCAAAGAGGUAUUUCAAGACUGUUAAAUUCGUGCCAAAGUGGUUGGCAUGUUCUUUUUUUCUUCUUUUUUGGGUUCAUGAUUAGCUAGUAUAGAUGGUUCCUUUUUUUUUUGGCCAUGUUGCUGAACCUAACUUUUCUCGUUUUCACAGAAAGGGGUAAUUGAAGGUAACCGUUUUAUUGUA